AUGGUCGAAAUAACUGCAAUACGCUUUGAACAGCAUCAUUCAGGACUGGGCGUACAAUGCGCUGCACCUCGAAUCUCCUGGACCUUCUCUCCUAUUAGCGAAUCCAUCUGCAACUGGGAGCAGUCACAGUAUGAGAUUUCUCUGAGCCGUGGAACUGGACCAUCAGCACACUUCAUUGUUCAAAGUGCCGAGUCGUCUUUGGUUCCAUGGCCGAGCACGCCGUUGCAGUCGCGAGAACAAGUCCGGGUGCGAGUUCGCGUGUGUGGUACUUGGGUGGAUACAAAAACCAGGAGCAUAUCCUCGGAUUGGUCUGCCUGGUCAUCUUGGACAACCGUUGAAUGCAGUCUUCUUAGCUCGCAGGAUUGGAUUGCAAUGCCUAUCUCCGGCCUAUCGGCUCCAUCGAUCCACGAAGAUGAACCAUUGAGGCCCUUGCUCUUCCGGAAGGGAUUUGUACUGGCAAGAUCAUUUGGCCCCGUGCAACGAGCGCGGUUGUACAUCACGGCUUUCGGGGUCUAUCGGGCAUAUCUCAAUGGACACAGGAUAGGGGAUCACGAAAUGGCACCAGGCUGGACAAGCUAUCACCAUCGCCUUGCAUAUCAAGUAUUUGACGUCGAAUCAUUAGUCACUCCAAAUGGUGAUAAUGUGUUGAGCGUCGAAGUCGCCGAAGGCUGGUAUGCGGGCCGACUGGGAUUUGGUGGUGGCAAACGGUACAUCUAUGGUAAUAGAAUUGCCGUGAUGGCUCAGCUGGAAGUAGACGGGCUCGCAGGAGGACGAUUCCAGCUUGCAUCAGAUCUCAGUUGGAGGUGCCACCCAAGCCCCAUUGUUACAAGUGAAAUCUACAAUGGGGAAUUAUAUGACGCGCGCGCAGGAGUCGGAGAUUGGAACCAACAUGGUGAUCGUUAUGUUGACAGUGACUGGGAGGCAGUCUCCGUGUUGGACUUUGCUCGUGCGCGAUUAUAUGCCCCAAACGCUCCUCCAGCACGAAUCACGGAGAUGUUAUCACCCGAGAAAAUAUUCAUUACUCCAAAUGGCCGGACGAUCCUGGACUUUGGCCAAAAUUUGGUCGGAAAGCUUCUCAUACAUUCGAUCACGCUCCCAGUGAACGCGAAGGUGAGCUUCACCCAUGCCGAGGUCAUGGGAGAUGAUGGAGAAUUGGGAACGCGACCCCUUCGCGGGGCACAAUGCGUUGACACGAUCAUCUCAUCUGGGCGGACGUUGAUUGAUUGGUCGCCGAAGUUCACUUUCCAUGGAUUUCGAUUUGUGCAAGUCGACGGAUGGGAUCCUCGAACGCAGCAGUCCUGGCAAAAGAAUAUCCAGGCGCUAGUGAUUCACACGGAUUUAAGGAGGACGGGUCGAUUUGAGUGUUCCAACUUGGCUGUCAAUAAAUUGCAUCAAAAUGCCUGCUGGAGUAUGCGUGGGAACUUCUUGUCAAUUCCUACGGAUUGCCCCCAGCGGGACGAACGCUUGGGAUGGACGGGAGACAUUCAGGUCUUUGGUCCAUCCGCCACAUUCCUGUAUGACUCCAUUGGGAUGCUCUCAGAGUGGAUGGAAGAUGUCGCCUGUGAACAAUCAACUCACAACGGUAUUCCUCCUCUGGUAGUUCCUAACACCCUGGACCAUGUGUGGCCAUCCAUUCCCCAGGCUCUGUGGGAUGACGUGGUGAUCAUUCUUCCAUGGGUAUUAUACCAGUCAUCCGGCGAUCGCGAUAUUUUAAAUCGACAGUAUCCGAGCAUGACCUCGUGGCUGGACCAGGGAGUAUGUCGAGGCAAAGACGGAUUGUGGAACCCGGAGAUAUGGCAGCUCGGCGACUGGCUCGACCCUCAGGCACCAGUCGACGAGCCGGGUGACUGCCGAACAAAUGGCACGCUGGUGGCAGACGCAUAUCUUGUCCAUGUUACGUCCCUCAUGGCUAAAAUUGCCUCCGUACUAGCCAGGGAGACAGAAAGUACACAUUAUUGGAGCAAAAGCCAGCAUCUUCGGGCCGUUUUCAAAGACAAAUACAUAGCACCGUCGGGGCUCAUAGUUGGCGAUUCUCAGACGGCUUAUUCCUUGGCCAUUGUCUUUGGAAUAUUGUCCACACAGCGCCAGCUUGACACAGCCAGUCAUCAGCUCGCCGCACGUGUACGCAUGGCAAAGUUCCGCGUAGCAACCGGCUUUGCCGGUACGCCCGUCAUUUUACGGGCUCUAACUGAGACUAAUAAUCUUUCUCUGGCCUAUCGAAUGCUGCUCGAAGACCGUUGCCCAUCGUGGUUGUAUCCGAUCACUAUGGGUGCUACCACCAUCUGGGAACGCUGGGACAGCAUGCUUCCCAACGGGCUCAUCAACCCCGGUGAAAUGACCUCCUUCAAUCAUUAUGCCUUGGGAUCUGUUGUCAACUGGCUCCACGAGACUGUUGGCGGGCUCCGACCACUGGAAGCUGGUUGGAAAACUGCACUAGUGUGUCCACAGCCAGGGGGCUCCUUAACUCACGCUGUAGUGUCGUACGAAAGCGUCUACGGCCGCUGGAACUGCCAGUGGAAGCUACUUGGUGAUGGGGAUCGAAAUGAAGCAGGGAAAGCAGUAACAUUCUGUUUAGAUCUGAUUGUCCCACCAAACUGUCGAGCUGUAGUCAAGAUACGGGGUAAAGAAGAUGGAUCCACCAGCUUGGAGGAGAAUGUUGGGUCUGGAAAGCAUCAGUGGAAGAUACCAUUUUAUGCUUCGUCGUGGCCACCUCUGGCGACUACUCCAUUCAUAACGAACCCCGGACAGAAUGUGACUUAG